AUGACCAGUCCACCACCAUCCAGCCAAUCCACCCAAGAAGAACGAGACAAGAUAGAAAAUUUACUCACGGGGAAAAAAGAAGAGGAGAAGCCCGAGAACAGCAGCUUAUUAUCCAAGAAACAACUCAAGCGGCAGCAGAAGAGACAACUAGCACUCGACGAGAGACCGGCCAAACGAGCAGCCGAACGGGCACGGAAGAAGGCUAAAAAAAAUCAAGCAAAAAACACCCCAGCUGAUCAACAGCAAUCAACCAGCCAAGGAAAAAAUGCAGCCCCCAAGAAGAGUGUCUCCAUCUUCCCCGCUGUCGUCGCCUUCGAUUGCAGGUUCGACGAUAAGAUGUCUGAUAAAGAAAUCGUCUCUCUAGACAGACAGAUCGCACACUCAUACUCGAUCAACCGAAAAGCGAACGUGCAAUUCCAAAGAUUGGUUUGUACCUCAUUCAAUGGCAGAUUGAGGAAACGAUUCCAAGAUAAUGGGAACCAAUAUCUGAGGUGGAAAGGGGUCAAGUUUACGGACGAAUCGAUCGAAGAAAUCGCAGCGAAAGACCACAGUCACCAGGCCGAUCCUACCAAACCCGCAGAAGCAGGCCAAUCUGGCGUGGAAGACGCUGGUCCGACGGCUGCCUCAGCAUCAUCAGAUCCCGCCCGGCUCCAGGAACACAAACCAUCGCCACGUAAAACACCCACACAUCGAAUAGAAGGAGAUGAAGGGAAAGAUAGAACGGCCGACCUGAAGUCGGAAGAGACCAAGAAGCCACCCGGAAAAUCUACGCCCGAUCAGCCCGACCAAAAUAUGGUCCCGCCUGAGAUGCUUGGGCCCGAAAACGUGAUCUACCUGUCCGCCGACUCAACAAACGUGCUCACGGAACUCGAGCCGAACAAGGUAUAUGUGAUCGGCUCGAUUGUCGACCAUAAUCGCCACAAGAACUUGUGUUUGGACUUGGCCGGUCAACACCGCUUCCAACACGCCCAACUGCCGAUCAGUGAACACUUCUCGGAACUCAAGACGCGCAAAGUGUUGACCGUCAACCAAGUCUUCGAAAUCCUGGUCAAUUAUUUGGAAGAUAAGGAUUGGAAGAAGGCGUUCGAGAGAGUCAUUCCUGCCCGAAAACUAUAA